CCCAAGCAGAGUGCAGUGUCAAGACUGCUCGCUGUGUGCGUGAGUGUGAGUGUGUGUGUGAGGGGCAGGUGGGGGGCCUCCACCUGCUGAAUGAACCCCGUCAGCGUUGGGGAGUACCAUGGGCUUCGGGUGGGCUCAGCCUUGCUCAGCAUUGUGGCGGGCUGCAUCAUCAUUGGGGUGUCGAGGGAGUGUGACGCUGAUGCUGUAGGAGGGAUCUUUCUGGGAGCGGGAGGCCUCGGCCUGCUCAUAUCUAUCUACCCCUUUAUAAAAGCCUGGCUCAACAUCAACCACAUUCUUCCAUCCUUUGGAAACUUCAGAGUGCACCCCACACCUGCCAAUCCUGCUCCUGAUCAACCUGUCGAGACACUGAGAAGAGAAGGGACUCAGAGUCAACUGAACUUGGAGCGUUGUAAGAGUCGAAUGGGAACCUUUGUGGAUGGUGGACCGAUGGCUGAGACCAAUCCAGAUGAGGGGACAUCAGACAUGCCAGACGUCUUAUCUCUACGGAAACUUAAGCAACUACCUUCUGAUCAAGACCUGCCAUGAUGUCAUCACACGACCUGACCACUGACAAAUGUUGCUCAACUUCCCUGCUAAAUCUUCUUCAUUAGGUUUCUUUCUCCUCGUCCUGUUUGUUGAGAUCACCUCAUGAUAUUGUGCUUCUGUGGUCUAAUAAACCUCUCCAAAGAUGAUGAUUGUCAGAGAGGUAUUUCCAUACUUCCUGCCAAUGAGUGAAGCAAAUUAAGCCCAGUAGUCCCACUUGUGUGCAGCUCAUCUCAUCAUCUCACGAUGUUCUCAGCCGCCAAUUAAGAAAUGAUUAUAGUCGUUAGGUGAUGAUGGGACUCGUACAAGAUUCAGCUCAGGUUCCCCUGCUCGCAGUUGUCAUGAGCGAAACAAAUUGGAAUACAUGUGUACAGGCAGAGACACACACACAAACAGCUACAUCCAUUGCAUGCACACAGUGAACUGCACCCCCGCAGUGAAACAUAAUACAUUGAUAUUCAGGACAGCACAGGCAGAAUGGCUGCUGCAUGGGAAGUGGCGUGGGGAAGAACGCCGUGCUCUGACAAAAACCGUGGCGUGCUGUGAGGCUGAAUAAUGUCGACAACGGGAGCCCGAGGAGUCUGCAGUGCCUUGAUGACAACCAGCAGUUUGAUUG